AUGGCGCCGACAACAACUGUGCUGCUAGGCGCGCUUCUGCUUGCAUCAAGCAGCGUGAAUGCACAGCAGGCCAAGCUGCAGGUCAACCUUAAUUCUGCUGAGUCGAUCAAGUCGGCCGCGAAGAUUGUCGCAAAGAACCUGUAUUCCUACUACCACGGGAAUGAGCCCGGCCAGACUCCCGGUAUCCUACCCGGGCCGCCCCCGGGCGGUCCCUACUACUGGUGGCAGGCCGGCGCCAUGUGGGGGACCUACAUCGACUACUGGUUCUACACGGGCGAUGACACCUACAACGCCGAGACGACGCGGUCUUUGUUGUUCCAAGCCGAACCGCCUGCUAACGCCUACAUGCCAAAGAACUGGACCGCCUCGCUGGGAAACGACGACCAAGGUUUCUGGGGUAUGGCCGCGAUGCUAGCCGCCGAAGUGAACUUCCCGAACCCACCCAAGGAUCAACCGCAAUGGCUCGCUCUGGCCCAGGCCGUGUUCAACACCCAGGCACCUCGUUGGGAGACGGAGUAUUGCGCUGGCGGGCUGCGGUGGCAGGUUGUGUCCACAAAUGGCGGCUACGACUACAAAAACACCAUUGCCAACGCCGUCUUCAUGAACAUCGCCGCGCGCCUGGCCCGCUACACCAACAACGAUACCUACGCGCUCUGGGCCACCAAGGCGUGGGACUGGAUCGAGGCGAUGGGCUACGUCACAGACAAGUAUGACGUCCUCGACGGCGCCCACAUUGGGCACAACUGCACCGAUCUCAACCCCGUCCAGUUCUCGGCUAAUGCCGCCAUGCUCAUCCACGCAACCGCCGUCAUGUACAACUAUACCACUGGCGAAACUCGUGCCAAAUGGCGACGCCACGUCGCCGGGCUUCUCAACCACACCAUCGACCACUUCUUCCCCGAGGGCAUCAUGGUCGAGCGGGCCUGCGAGCUCGAAGACCGGGUCCAGUGCAACACGGACCAGCACUCCUUCAAGGGCUACAUGCACCGGGCGCUGGCGACCGUGGCCGUGCUGGCUCCCUUCACGUACGAGACCAUCACCAAGACGCUCCGCAGCUCCACCGAGGGCUGCGUCUCGUCCUGCCUGGCCGACGGCACCUGCGGCUUCCGCUGGAACACGGGCGAGUACGACGGCGACACGGCCGCCGGCCCCGCCGGCCAGGAGAUGAGCGCCCUCGCCGCCCUGUCCACCAUGCUUCUCGAACAGGAGAAGGUGCUCAAGGGCCCCCUGACCAACACCACGGGCGGCACCAGCCAGGGCGACCCGAACGCGGGGCAGAAGUUCGAGGGCGUGUCGCCGCCGAGGGAGAUCACGGCGGGCGACCGGGCCGGCGCCGGUAUCCUCACGGCCGUGGUGCUGGCGUCUUUUUUGGGGAGCCUCGUGUGGAUGGGCAUGGGUUGGUCGGAGAAGUGA